GAAUAUUUGUUGAAAGUGGAGCAUGACACUCACGAUUGUGUAGCUGUAUUGUUCUGUAUGAGUGUGGGUAUAUCGCAUUUAAUGAAACGGCACUGGAUCACCAACGACAUUCUUGGAAUUGCGUUCUCUAUUUAUGGUAUCGAGUUCCUCCAUUUAGCGAGUUUCAAGGCAGGUACAAUGUUGUUGGCCGGUUUAUUCAUAUACGAUGUAUUCUGGGUGUUUGCAACCGACGUAAUGACGACUGUAGCAAAAGGCAUAGACGCACCGAUUUUGUUGCAAUUUCCACAAGACAUCUAUCGCAAUGGAUGGAUGGACUCGAGUAAAUAUGCUAUGUUAGGUGCGGGAAUUUUAUAUUCAAUUAUUUCAUUUUCGUUCACCUGUCAAAUUUUCCAUCGCGCAUUGGUACUUCGCAUCGGUGAUUGUUUCUAG